AUGCCACAGAUCGGUUCCAGAAUAACACCAGGGAAUGAACAAGAAGGAAAAGACGCUAGCCCUACAACCAGUCAAAAUCUGAAUGAUGUUGAACAACCUGAGGAUCAGACUUAUGUGGUGAAGGAAGUAAAUUUACAAAUUCAUGUCUACCAAAUGCAAAGUCAUGGAGCCAUGGAAGAGGAGUAUGAUAAUAUGAACGAUGGUGGUGUCGAGUCGGGCGAAACUGUAGUAACGGCACAACAUUGGGAUCUUCCUUGCGAAGAGUUUGAUGGCGUUUGGGACAGUUUGAUUUUUGAAGAUCAACUUCAACUCAAAUUGUUGGAUUAUAUCCGGACGACGCUCCUGUUUUCAGACAAGAAUGUGAAUCCUGAACUCAUUUCAUGGAACAGGGUUGUACUGCUCUAUGGGCCUCCUGGUACUGGAAAGACAUCUCUAUGCCGAGGUCUCGCUCAAAAGUUAUCAAUCCGACUCCAACAAAGAUAUCGGUAUGGCAAAUUGAUUGAAAUCAACAGCCAUAGUCUGUUCAGUAAAUGGUUUUCAGAAAGUGGUAAAAUGGUUCAGCGAAUGUUUAAUCAAAUCUGGCGACUAGUUGAAGAUGAUGGUGCUUUUGUUUGUGUGCUUAUUGAUGAGGUGGAAAGCUUAGCUGCUGCGCGAAAAGCUGCGCUAUCCGGGAGUGAGCCGUCAGAUUCAAUAAGGGUUGUGAACGCUCUGCUCACUCAAAUUGACCGCCUCAGAAAGCAGAAAAAUGUCCUAAUUCUAUCCACUACAAAUAUUACCGAAGCCAUUGAUAUUGCCUUCAUUGAUCGAGCCGAUAUCAAAAUGUACAUUGGUCCCCCUACUCAAGCGGUCAUUUACAGCAUAUUAAAUUCGACUCUCGAGGAAUUGCAGCGUGUAGGUAUCAUAGAGCCCAAGACAUCGUUGAUGAGUUGGGCGACCUUUCAGCGCCAAGAAAGCUCACAGAUGCAGGACAGCCACUUGAGCCAGAGGCUACGGAUAGCCCAUUCGCUCUACGAAAUCGCUAGUGUGGGACAAGGGUUGAGUGGCCGCGCUAUUCGUAAACUUCCUUUCCUUGCUCACGCAGGAUACAUACAGGUAGGUCUUGUAAGGAGAUAUUAA